GGAAAAGAUGGGAAUCAUUCAUAUAUUAUGGUGCAUGAUAUAGUCAAAUAAUGGGUUCAAGGGCUGAGACAGAUCUUGCAUUCUGGCAAUUUCCUCCUGUAUGUUCUUGAAGUGGGGCUUCUUUUGUUGUUUUUCCCCUCCCUCUGGUGCCUGGUGGUUCUAAUAGCCGUCUGGCUCUCUCUGGCAUCUUGGAAUCUCUGGCCUGGAUUGCCAGGAAGCAGCAAGUAAACUUGCACUGUAGAAUCCUGUUUGCUAAUUGCCUAGUGUGACUGACAGGCAGUUGACGUCAGUGUGGGGCCGCCUCUAGACACAUCUGCUAUGCUGUAGUUGCACACCCAACAAUCAGAGCUUGCUGUCUGCUGGAGGGACCAAAGUGAAACACUGAAUGGUCUGCUUGAAAUAAAUCAAAAGGCAUUCUGAGAUGGAUACCAGUGAAGAGCUUCCAAGAAAAGUUUUCAAGGCUAGAAAAACCAUGCGCGCAAGUGACCGACAACAGCUAGAAGCUAUCUAUAAAAGCAGAGAGGAGCUUUUAAAAGCCAAUGAAGAAACCAAAACUAAACUCUGUAAUGGUAAACACGAGAAUGGCGAUUCCGAUGGCAAAACGUCAUUAAGUACCAACUGCAUGGAUGAUACAGACAUUGACUGCAUUAAUGAUGUGAGGCUGGGUCCAGAAGAACUGCAAGGCAACUCCGUUGACGAUCUUGGCAUUGCACAAAUACCUGAACUAAGUCUUGCUGAAAAAUGUCUUAGUGAUGAUAAGGACUCAAGCCCACAAGAUGAAAAAAUGGACUCUAUGCCCUCAGUUGCUGAAGAUGAACAAAUAUCUGCUGAAAGUGCAGAAAACCAAGUUUUGACGGACAGUGAUAGCAAAGCAAAUGAUGUUGUGGAACCAGAGUUUGUUGCGUCAAAGGAGGAGCCUUCAAUAGCAGAUAAUUCAAGUACUGAUCCGAGCCUUUCAGAUGAAGGGAAACCACCCCCUGUUGAUGAAAAUGGGGCUCACGAUGUACCAGAUGAGAGUAAUCUUUUGUUACAGUCAUCAUCAUCUUCCUCUGUGAGGGAAAAGGAAGUCUGUGAAAAUUCAGUGGGUGUUAGUGAAGAGGCAAUAACAAGUAGCGUAGAAUCUGUACAGGAGAAAAAUGACAGUGAGAACUCUAAAGUGGAGUGUGCAGAGACUGAAAGUGAAAGUGCAACAAAAGAUGCAUUAAAUGAGAACAGAUCAGUUGGAAGUGGCCAAUUGGAAAUUGGAGAUAUAAUUCCUAUUCUGGAGAAAUUGGCUCCAGAGAAGGAUGGUGAAUUAUCCAGCAAGCAAGAAAAUGAUCCUGCAGUGGAAUCCCCAACGCCAAAGGACAGUCCAUUGCAAGAAGAACAAAUGGACACUUCUCUCAAUAAUUCUCCCUCAAAAGAGGAAUGUAAUGGCAACUUGCCUGAAGAAGCAUUUCUUGUCUUGUCUGAUGAGGAUGAGCCGGUAGCUGAGAAGCAAACAGAAAGUGAAGAGCUGGUACCAAAAAAUGAUAGUGCAGAUGCAGACCACAAAGAAGAGCAAGCAGCUGAGAUAGAACAAAAGCAAGAACCAAAUGAAGUAGUGCCACGGAAAAGGUCCAAGUCUGAAGACAUGGAAAGUAGUAUAUCGAAACGGUGUCGGUUUUCUGAAGGUGAAUAUGAAGCAGCCUUAAAAGUGAAGAUCACUGCCCGAGGCGAGAUCCGUCAGACAUUGGAGAAGAUCGUUCAACAGAUUAUUGAAGAGCGUAUCAAUGCCUUGCAAAGUGGUGUUUUUGAUAAGAAAUUGGCAGAGCUCAAAAACAGAGUCGAAAAGAUAGAAUGCAAUACAAGGCACGAAUCUUUAAUCAGUGGCUUACAGGCAAAGCUGAUGCAGAUAGAGAAAAGGCUGGGGUCAGCAAAUCAAGCUCGCAAUGAUUCCAUCUUGAAAAAGACUCAAGAGAAUAUUUCCAUCUCGAUACCUCAGCAAUCAUCUGGAGUUCAGACUACGCAACCCAACUCUCCCAGCAAAUCCCAAAAUCCCCCCGUUUGUUCUUCUGGCAAUGUGCAAUGUCGCAGUGGAACAGUAAGGCAGAUGCUGGAUUUAAGAAGAAAUAUGGCAGAUAUUUCAGCAGCAGUCCAGCCUUCUACAAAUUCCAGUAAUAAAGGGUCAUCUGGUCGUGUGCUUCCUCCUCUGCUCCCAGCAACUGCCGCAGUGGUAGGAACCAAUCAGUCACUGCCAACCUCUGGCAGUAACCAGCCUAUGCCAGUAUCUCUACAGUCAGUGCCAGUAUUACUUACCGUUCCAGUGGCAAUGUCUUCCCAACCUCAGCUCCUGCAGGCGUCACCAAACACCUUGGUGACCAACCAGCAGCCCGGACUGGAAUUUUUACCUGUUCAGUCCCAACCCUCGCUUAACAACCUCCCGAAGUCACUCGCAUCACAAAUGCCAGCAAAUGUAGCAAAAACAAAUGGUGCUAGUACUUCUUUGCCAAGCCCAGGAGUCCAGAGGAAGUCCCCUGCAACGAUGGGAUCAAUGCAAAUCAGUAGCGCAAUUUCCAGUCAGACUGCUUCUGUGACUAGUACUCAGACUGUUCUUUCACCCCAAAUUUCCCGGACGUCACAGCAAUCUUUGAACUCUCCAGGACAUUUUAGCCCUUCAACAACUUCUAGGCCUGCAAUACAGCCAAGGCCUUCACAGACUUACAGCCAAGGGCAAAUGUCUGUGUCAUCAGGUCAGCCUUUACCUACCAGUUCAGAUACAACCAAUACAGGAACCUCCAGAACAGAAAGUAGCCUCAGUCAGGCCACCCAGAGACAUUCUACAGCGGUUCCAGGAGAGUCAACAGCCACCAAGAAGGCAUCCCCUAGUGGCAACCAGGUCCAACUGCUGGUGAGUCAGUAUCCUGGCAAAAACUACACCAUGAAGACAAAAGAACACUCCACGCAACUCCGCGAAAAGGUUAUUGAAAAGCACAAGUCAGGAGAUGGAUACAAGAAAAUCUCCAAAUCUCUGAAUAUCCCUUGGAGUACAGUUAAGUCAAUCAUCAAGAAAUGGAAAGAAUAUGGCGCAGCUGUAAAUCUGCCUAGAACAGGCCGUCCUCUAAAACUGGGUGACUGUGCAAGAAGGGGACUAGUGAGGGAGGCCACCAAGAGACCUACAAGUGGAAAGACAGGAGGAAGUGACGUGGGAGCUGUUAUUGACCUGACUGGUGACGAUGAAGAAGAAAUGUCGACACAAGGUGCCAGGAAACACAAUCAGCCUAUUAACCAAGGAACGAACCAGCUUCCGCUACCCCUGCCCAUUGUCCAAAACCAGGUUCGACCUCCUGCUGCUUCCCAGGGGAUUUCUGCACAGCUGCCCUCCACACAAUCCCACUUACCAGCAAGCCAGAACAGCACGGGCACAAUCGGGUUAACAGUACAGACUGCCAGUGUGCACAGUGUGUCUGCAGGUAGAGUAUUAGCAGGGCAAUCAAAUCAGAGUAUUCUGCCGCAUCAGCGUCCUCAAAUGCCCCCGCCCACGUCACAAGCACCCAUCAGACCUCCCCCUGCCAUUCUCCAAAGAGGAAGCACCAACCCUGCAGUUUACACAUCGUCCCCAGCAUACCAAAGUCACAGUGCAGUGCGUGCUGUAACGACACAGAGCCAGGCAGUCCGCCAGCCCAGUCCUCAGCCUCCUGUCAGUGCAGGGAUGUCAGUCCGGCCACCACAAACCUCGUAUAUCGUCAACAAUGUGAUCUCUAUCCCAAUGAUGCCGAAUAUGCCUCAGUUCACGGUACAUCACCGGCCUUCACAGCAGGAUCCUCCACGACCUAUCCACCCAGCACCGCUCCCUGAAGCCCAAGCACCACAGAGGCUACCACCAGAGGCAGCCAACACCUCAGCGCCCCAGAAGCCCCACCUGAAGCUGGCCCGUGUCCAGAGCCAAAACGGAAUUGUCCUGUCCUGGAGUGUUCUGGAGGUGGACCGUUCUUGUGCCCCCGUGGACAGUUAUCAUCUCUACGCCUACCACGAAGAUCCAGCUACCACCACACCAUCUCAGUGGAAGAAGAUAGGAGAAGUGAAGGCACUACCCCUUCCCAUGGCCUGCACUCUUACCCAGUUUGUCUCUGGAAGCAAGUACUACUUUGCAGUCCGAGCAAAGGACGUUUACGGCCGAUAUGGACCUUUCUGUGACCCGCAGUCGACUGAUGUGAUGUCGACACAGGGUAAUUAAUAUCAAAAAUCAACAAAAAGAAUCACGAUAUUUUUUCAUUUCUUUUCUUACAUCAUGCAUGACGUGUUGUAGUUUUUCUAUAGAUGUCUCUGACUCGAUUAGUACCUGUGUACACUACACUGUAUAUAUACAAAGAGGUUCAUGGUAUAAAUUAGGCAGCACAAUAAAUACAGGAUGUUGCACCAAGAUGUGCUGCUUACUCCUCCUCUGAGUUGCAUUUCUUUCCGCUGCAGACUCUAUUUGACCGGAGGUGUGUGACUCGUAGGGUCUUUAAUGAGGCGUCACCUACAGUGGAAUUAUUCAGCUCGUUCUAUGGUUCUCAAUGGGUCGACAUUUAAAGAGAAACAUUCCUAAAUGUGACAAAUGAUGCAGACUGUUAAAGUGAUUCGUACAUGUAUAACUUUUUGUGUUUUUUAAAAAUUUUUUUUUACAAUUGUUUUCACUGCGGCCUCUAUCACUUUGAGAAGCAGUGAAAGUUGAUCAGCAGUGACUAGGAUAAUUGCCUGAAAUACUCCUGAAAUGAAUGCAACUUGCAAUAGACUGCAUACUUGAUUCAGAGAGGCAUUGUGACUGAUUGAGCCUCAGCAAAGAUGUCAGACCCCUCCCACCCCCUUUCUUUUAUUUUUCCAGUCAGAUUAUUGAAACCAUGUAAGAUUUCAAACUGAGUUGCUUUACUGUGUUUUGAUGGGAAGGGAUUUUGGGUAAUACGGUGGCGAAUAAAAACAGAUUCUAUGGUUUUUGCCAAAUGCCUGCAUUAGAAGUGUUAUCAGAGCAACCUGUUGGUUCAGAAGAUACAAAUAAGAUUCUCAAAUAUAUUUUUAAUCAGUGUGAAAGAAGUACCUUAUGUGUUCACUGGAUAGUGAGUCUUUGAGAGAACCUUUUUUCAUCAGUACCACUUUUCUGGUAUAAUGAAUUUUUUAAGAAGAUAUAUAAAUAUAUAUAUAUAUAUGUAUAUGUAAAUCUCAAUCCUGCUCUCCCAUUAAAGCCACUAUGUUGUAUAUAUUCUUCCUUGCGAGCAUCAAAUCUUUCGUUUCGAACUUGAUCUCAAGUCAGCAAGCACAAAUCCUGCCAUCCUGGGGGUGAGUGUUUCCAUGCUCUUUGAAGGGGCAGAUUAGUUAGCAGGAGCGAGUAAACGGUGCUUGUGCUGAGCGGUUUUCAAAUUCUUCCCGGAUCGCCUUGCGGUUUUCUCGCUGCAGUGGUUUCGGCGAGUCCCUUGCCUUUGGUUGAGUUCAUACCUGUUUUUUUUUAAAUUACCAGAUGCCCACUACUACCGUAUUAUAAACCCCUUCUAUUUGAAGCUCUAUGAUAUGGAAAUCAGAACUGCUUAAGACCUGUCGGCACAAUUCUGUUAGUGAAAGUCUGAUCUGUCUGUUAUACAGUGACAUUGGUGUGGUGCAAACAUGCCGACUCAAAAUCUGGUACACACAAGGAUGAACCAAGUAGUUCUCAAUACCACACCUGACAAAGUUGUGCUCCUGCACUGAAAGUUGGUUAUUGUUGUAAAGCAUUAAUAAAGUUUAAAAUUUUACAUUAAUUUAAUCAAAGAAUGGUCCUUUGAAUUGGGUUAUGGCUGUUAAUUUAACCUGCAUCACAUACAGUCCCUCCCCUAUCCCUAUCCCCAUCCCUAGGGCGGCAGUGGCCAGCCAACAGCCUCGCCAGAUGAUUGCUGCUGUUUGUGUAUUUAGAAACAAUCUAAUUUGAGCAGAACCUUAAAACACCAUAGUUCAACUAAACUUCUUCAAAAUGGCCAUAGUCGAUUAGCUGUUGUGACACUGACCUCAUACAGGAUUAAAAAUGAUAUUAUGCACGAAUUGUUACUUGUUUUGCGGGCUGUACUAUUUCAAUUGAGAUUGAGGCCCCUCAUCCAUGCUCCAGCGUGCUUCAGUACCUUUUGAGGGACCCAAGGCCAUAUUGAGUAACAAUAGGGAGAGAUCCAGAGCAAAUAAUGGUUGGCCAUGUGAUGGCCAGCAAUGAUUGGUAGGUGGUCAAUGGAGAAAAGUCUUCCAGCAGUUAAGGGGAAUGGCAGGGGAUUUACAACCUAUUGCAGUGUAAAGCAUCUACUGGGAAAGAGCACUGCUUGGUGCAAGGGGAAUGGACGCCUGUUUGUCUGCAGGUGAAGUCAGUUGGGGAAGAGAAUUAUCAGUGGAGCUUGGGCAACUGAUGUCACUCAAUGAAUAUUCCUCUGCGGGUCUCGGGAAUAGAUUAAACAAUUUGAACACCAGUAAAGUGUGCCUCACUGUAUCAUUUUACUUGGAGAAAAUUAUAACUUAUUACAUUGUUUACUCAUUUAUGCAGCCUUCUAGCCAAAGGGUACAACAAUAAAAACAUGAAAAGUAUAUUUGUAAUAAAUAGUGAGAGAUAUCUCUUUCCCAGGGAGGGAUUAAACACUGAAAUGCUGGAACAGGUUGAAUGUAAUUGUAUUGCUUUUUGGUUUUUUUAUAUUAUUAUUCUUUAGUUUACACUUAGUAUACGGUCAAUUGCAAGAUCAUGAUAAUUGUAUUUCAGAAAUGUGGCAUCAUGCUGUGUUGCCCUGGAUGCGACUUUUAAGUGAAAUUUUGUUCACAAAAAUCUGAAGUUUAUAGUGUGAAAAUAAAGAUACUAGCAAUGUGGUCUUCUCUCUUGCGUAUAACUAAAAUGAAACUUCCAAUUUAGUCUUCCACGUCCAGCCCAGUUCCUCAUAUAUCUCUAAUUACUGCCCUCAAAAGUUCAAAGUAAAUUUAUUAUCGAAGUACGUACAUAUCAACAUAUACUGCCUUGAGAUUCUUUCUUGCAGAGAUUUACAGGAAAAUGAAAUACAAUAGAAUUUAUGAAAAAUUAUGAAGUUUCAUAAUGAAUACACAUAUGUGGAGCCCAAGUUACACAUGCUGGUUGUGUGAAAAUCUGCCUCCUGGUUCACUUGGCAGCAUUGAUGAUUGACAAACACAGGAGUCUUGCAUUGUCCUUCUCCACUGGAUCUCAAUAAAGCAGUUACAAAGAUGCUGAGAUUAGUCUUUGUAUUCCUAGUGAGGUAUCAGGGUGGACAAGAAAAUGGAGAAGAUAUCCCAUUAAUCCUCUCAGGUUUUUGUGUGCGCGUGUGCACACUCACUCGUGUGUGCAUGCAUGUCCAUGUGUGUAUUGGUAUGUUACAUGGGCACGAUUUCUUCCUGACAAUUUCAGAGUAUCACAAUGGAUCUUGAAUCUUCCACACAUUUGAAAAGGAUUGUUGUUUGUAAUUUCAAAUGGCAUAGCCCGGGAGGGGCAGACACGAGGCUGGCUGGCUGAGAGCCAAAGUUGCAUCAAACUUCAUCUGGCAUUUCAUCCACAGCUAUUCCAACAUGGGUGGCCCAGGACUGGAGUAAAAUGUGUCAUCUUUUCUAGAGUUAAAUUCUUCUGUUUAUUUGUGUUUGUCUCUGACUAACUGGAUACUUGUUGCCUAAUUUGAACAUUAUGAAUACAAGAUGUAGUAUUUCCCCAAUUAAGCUGCUGAAACUAGAACUUCCCAAGCAAGUUUCAAGUCCAAUAUUUUACACCUUGCCUAUUAAAUAUGGAAUGGGUAUUAGCAUACUUGAAAUAUAAAUUGUACGUUAUAAUCUCAAUAUUUUAAGCAAGAUUACUUUUUUAUUUCCAUCUUUUAUAGUUUCAAAAUAACAAAAAAGGAAAAGGGCCUGAAGCAAAAGUUUGGGCACCCUGCAUGGUCAGUACUUGGUAACACCCCCUUUGGCAAGUAUCACAGCUUGUAAAUGCUUUUUGUAGCCAGCUAAGAGUCUUCCAAUUCUUCUUUGGGGGAUUUUCACCCAUUCUUCCUUGCAAAAAGGCUUCUAGUUCUUUGAGAUUCUUGGGCUGUCUUGCAUUCACUGCUCUUUUGAGGUCUAACACAGAUUUUCGAUUAUGUUUAGGUCAGGGGACUGUGAGGGCCAUGGCAAAACCUUCAGCUUGCACCUCGAGGUAAUCCAUUGUGGAUAUUGAGGUGUGUUAAGGUUCAUUAUCCUGUUGUAGAAACCAUCCUGUUUUCAUCUUCAGCUUUUUUACAGACACUGUGAUAUUUGCUUACAGAAUUUGCUGGUAUUGAAUUGAAUUCAUUCUUUCCUCUACCAGUGAAAUGUUCCCCGUGCCACUGGCUGCAACACAAGCUCAAAGCAUGAUUGAUCCACCCCCGUGCUUAACAGUUGGAGAGGUGUUCUUUUCAUGAAAUUCUGCACCCUUUUUUCUCCAAACAUACCUUUGCUCAUUGUGGCCAAAAUGUUCUAUUUUAACUUCAUCAGUCCACAGGACUUGUUUCCAAAAUGCAUCAGGCUUGUUUAGAUGUUCCUUUGCAAACUUCUGACGUUGAAUUUUGUGGUGAGGAUGCAGGAAAAGUUUUCUUCUGAUGACUCUUCCAUGAAAGUCAAAUUUGUGCAGGUGUCGUUGCACAGUAGAACAGUGCACCACCACUCCAGAGUCUGCUAAAUCUUCCUGAAGGUUUUUUGCAGUCAAACGGGGGUUUUGAUGUGCCUUUCUAGCAAUCCUACAAGCAGUUUUCUUGGUCUUCCAGACCUCAACUUGACCUCCACCGUUCCUAUUAACUGCCAUUUCUUAAUUACAUUACGAACUGAGGAAACGGCUACCUGAAAAUGCUUUGCUGUCUUCUUAUAGCCUUCUCCUGCUUUGUGGGCACAUUUAUUUUAAUUUUCAGAGUGCCAGGCAACUGCUUAGAGGUGCCCAUGGCUGCUGAUUGUUGCGAUAAGGUUUGAGGAGUCAGGGUAUUUAUAAGGCUUUGAAAUUUGCAUCACCUGGCCUUUCCUAACGAUGACUGUGAACAAGCCAUAGCCCUAACAAGCUAAUUAAAAGUUAUCUGAGAGCUCAAAUCUCUUGGGGUGCCCAAACUUUUGCAUGGUGCUGCUUUCCUUUUUUUCACUCUAAAAUUGUACAAAACAAAAAUAAUACACUAGUCUUGCUUAAAAUGUUGAAAAGAAUGUUUCAUCUUUAACUUUGACUUUUGGAGAUCAGUUCAUCUUCUACUCACUUAACUUCACAGUAACAGAAAUUUUGACCAGGGGUGCCUAAGCUUUUGCCAUACCACUGUGUGUGUUCCUGUAGCACCUACCGGGUGGGAGGAGAGUAAAAGGUCCAUGGUUAGGGUGAAAUACAUCCUUGAUAAUGCUUUGCCCAGGCAGCGUUUAUGGUAGAUGUUCUCAAUGGUGGGCAAUUGGGUGCCGAUAAUCCACUGGGAUAUAUAUACACACACACAGAACAUAGAGCAGUACAGCACAGGAACAGGCCCUUCGGCCCACAAUGUUGUGUCAAGCAAAUUAAAUAAAUAAUCAAAUGGACAACCAAUGCCUUCUGCCUAACAAUGUCCAUAUCCUUCUGUUUCCUCACAUUCAUGUGCCUAUUUUUUUUUUAAAGUCUCAUGAAUCUGUCUAUCACCACCCCAGGCCCUGAAUUCUAGGGAUCCAUCACUGUGUUUAAAAAAAGUCUUGCCCCUCAUAUCUCCUCUGAAAUGCGACGCACACACACACACACUUUAAAUACUGCCCUCCGGUAUUAGAUAAUUUAAUCCUCAGAAAAAUAUAUUGUCCGUCUACACUAUGUAAGCCUCUUGUAAUAUUAUAAACCUCUAUCAGAUCUCAAAGUUCAAAGUAAAUUUAUUAUCAAAGUGCAUAAAUAUCAUCAUGUACAAUCAUGGGAUUGUUUUCCUUGUGGGCAUACUCACUAUAUCCAUUAUAGAAAAAUAACCAUAAUAGAAUCAAUGAAAGACUGCGCCAAGUUCGUCCAACCCCUUGUUUCAAUACAUUUCAUUGUUUUAAUUGAAAAUUACAUUCUAGGGUUUAUAUACUCUAAGGUUCAUUUGACUUCAGAAUUGCUGAAAUUAACAUGUAAUCUGUCCCUAAUAAUAGAAUUAUGAUAGGGAAUAGUACCAGCAUAUUCAAUGUGCUUCUGUUACUGGCUGAAUUGAUUCUUAUGCUGUCAAGGAAGAUGCAUCUUGCAGAUCUGCAACUAGGUGUUUUCCACACCCUACUGACGUGUAAUAAUUCAUUUUGAACGUUAGUGGUCUGUAAUAUUGAAUGUAUUAACAAAUUGUUGCUUCUCCCUAUUACAGUACAGUGCAAAAGUUUUAGUAUCAUGGAAAAGAUCUAAAAUGAAGAUGCUUUCAAAAAUAAUGAAAAGUUUCUAAAUAUCAAAAAAAUACUAUAAAGAGCAGUAAACAGCAAAAACCUAAAUCAAAUCAAUAUGUGGUGUGACCACCUUUUGACUUUAAAACUGGAUGAAUUCUCUUUGAUACACUGUCGUGCAGUUUUAUAAGAAAAUCAGCUGUUAGGUUGUUCCAAGCAUCUUGGAGAACUUGCCUCUUCUUUUUGCAGACUUUGACUCUCUCUCCAGGUAACCCCAGACAGCCUCUGAUGUAAGAUCAGGACUCUGUGGUGGCCAUACCAUCUGUUGCAGAACUCCUUGUUCUUUUCAUAAAAAUAUAGUUCUUUAUGACCUUCGCCAUGCAUUUGGUGUCAUUGUCCUGUUGCAGAAUGAAAUUGAGACCGAUCAAGACGCCUCGCUGAUGGUAUUGCAUGGUGGAUGAGAAUCUGCUUGUACCUCUCAGUAUUAAGGAUUCCAUUAUUUCUGAACAGUUCACCAACUCCCAUUUGUAAAAAUUAAGACCCAAACCUGCAGGGAACCUCCGCUGUGCUUCACUGUUGGCUGUAGACACUCAUCCGUGUCACGCUCUCCAGCCCCUCCAAUGACAAGUUGCCUCCUGUUUAAGUCAGAAAUUUCAAAAUUUUGACUCGUCAGUCCAGAGCACCUGUUGCCACUGUUCAACUCCCUAGAGCUGAUGUUUUUGUGUGUAGGCGAGUCUCUUGGCUUUGUUUCCACUUGGAGGAAUGGCUUUUUGGCAGCAACUCUUCCAUGAAGACCACUUCUGACAAGACUUCUCCAGACUGUAGAGGGGUGUACUUGGGUUCCAGUAGUUUCUGUGAGCUUAGAACUGAUAAGUGCUGGACGACUUCAGAUUUAGAAGGAACAUCAGUUUGACGUACAGUAUCUCUCAUCUGCUGCACUCUGUUUCCAUGGCAGCCACUGUGUCUCUGGUCUCUCAACCUCACCUUUUUAUUUGUGCUUCUUCAGAAGAACUUGGCCAACACAUCUUGGAAUUCCUGUUUGGGAGAGAGACUGCUGAUGCAGGAUGACCACCUUGUCUUGUUGCUCUGCUCACAUUUGCCAUGACGUAAGAAUUGGUUAGUUCAUUCAGCUCAUUGCGUCAUUGAUCAUUAGCACCUGUUUUCUAUCUUUGAUUAAUCAUGUAGUGUGCAAUAUACCUACAGAGGCAUCAAGAUUUUAUUUGAAGAGUGGCAUAUUACUUAAUAUGUUACUUUCUUCAAUUAAAUACAAAUAUUUCUCUUACAUUUAAUUUUUUGGAAAAUGAAUGAGAAAUCUAAAAUUCUUUUCUAUUGACACAUUAAUGCAGAAGGCACAAAUUAAACAUCUGAAACAAAAAAUUGAGCAUGCCUAAGACUUUUGCAAGUUCCAAACCCAACAGCUGCAGCAAUUGCAAAAUGUUUCUGGACAGAACAUACUUCUGAGCCAGAGGAACAAAGCUGCUAUCUUCACAAGUCAAACAAUGGAAGUGGAUCAUGACCUAGACUUCAUUCACCACCCUGCAAGAAUGAAUUGUAGAAAUAGUUUUAAUUUCUAUGAAUCUGCAACUGCCUCUCCUGAUGUCACUGACAUUAGCAGAAGUGGUGAGCUCACUGAAGAGGGAAUUUCAAAGACAAUGUGCCUUCACUCAUUACCAAUGUGGCUGAACCAUGGCUUCCCCUUAAUGCUACACCUUUCAAAGCUGUAGUAUGUACAUGUCACUAAGUACAACUCUCAUUUCCCAACAUGGAACAUGCUCCCAAGUGCUGAUGUGGCAAGGACAGAAUAUAUUAAAGGGGCGAAGCUGUUUUGUUAAUUCAGAAUAUCGUACAUUAAGUGGUCUUAACUUUUCUUAAUCAACUUCAUAAUCAACAUUGGAAAUUUGCCUCAUUUGGGUGAGGCCCAAAGGGCCUGUACUGUGCUGUGCCAUUCUAUGUUCUAUAUCUCUAAUCAGCCUCUCUGCCCAGAGUCAACCUUUGUACUGUUACGGUAGUUUUGGUGUUAAGACAUAUAGCAACUAACUUCAGAUCUGGAUAUGGACGUAGAUUAAAUUUUAAAUGCAGCUCUGGACAAUGGGAUCCUAGAGCUUUGGAAACAGCAGUUGAUUGAAAGGCCAGACAUUAAUUAACAUUGUCUAGAGUGUGAAGGCGAAGGGGGCAGGGGGUGAGAGUUACAUGUGGUUUAAAGAAAACAUUGUAGAUACAUUGUAAAUAUAGAAUUGCCCUUUCAUCUUUAGCAUAUAAAAUGUCAUGUAGUGUUGGGUCGAGCGGGCCUCUUUCUCCAAAAAGUUUUCAAUAUGAUGCCUGCUGUGUCUCCUUUUGUCGAAUAAAAGACUACUUCAUAUCUUCCAGUUACAUCUCUCUGGUGACUUUGUUCAUGCUACAACAGUACAAAUCAUUAAUCUCUUAUUCUGUGAGCCUGAAAGUACCUAUGUCUAAUUUUACAUUCUAAUUACAAGAUCUUCCCACUGACCCUUCAACCCACUCCAAGAUCAAUCCAACGCCUUGUUACACUCAAUUCAGAUCUGGUGGUAAGAGAACUCAGAGGAAGCACAAUUAAUUUUAAAGCACUAAUCAAUUUAUUCUGUACUCAAGGGAAUCUAAGCAAUAUAAUACUUACCUACUGCAAAGCCUCGUCUCUUCUUCUGUCUCCAAUAUUGCCGCAACAGUCUGUUGGUGCAGCUCCUCCAUAAGUGUGGAGUGGUUGUGUUUGCUCCCAACUAUACUUCUUCUAGAGGGCAGGGGAGUGAUACCUCACUCUUUGUGCAACCAAGUUCUUCUUCCCCCACAGGUUGCCACCAUAACUGCCACAGCAGGGUUCAGCAAAGCAAGGGAGUUUCACUAUAAAGUUAACAUAGCAUGUUGAACCAUGCUCUGCAAUUUGUUUUCAAUUAGUUCAGCUACCCCCUCACUCAAGUCACGUAGCAGCUGUCCAGAUGUUCACCUAUUGCUUGGCUUUACGUUUUAUCCCUCCCUCCCACACAGCCCCCAAUUUUUCCAUCAUCCAUAUGCCUAUCUAAGAGUCUCUUAAAUGUCCUGUAACGUAUCUGCCUCCACCAUCACCCCAGGCAGCACAUUCCACACACCCACCACUCUGUGUAAAGAACUUAGCUCUGACAUCCGCCCUAUACUUUCCUCCAAUCAUCUUCAAGUUAUGCUCCGCUCAUAUUAGCCAUUAGUCACAGCACAACCUCUGGACUCAACAACUCAUGUUCUCCGUAUUGUUUAUUUAUUUGUUUGUUUAUUUAUUUUUUUGCGUGCAGAGUUAGCCUUCUUUUGCACAUUGUUUGCCUGUUUUUUGGUGUAAUUUUUCAUUGAUUCUAUUGUGUAUCUUUGCACCUACUAUGAACGCCAAUUGUA